CUGCCUGCUCCGGAGGCUGGCUGCGCGGUGGCGGCCGAGGCUGGCAGGGGUGGACCCCGAGGCCGGGCUGUGCUCGCUUCACGCAGGCUCCUGGACUACAUGUGCAACUGCCUUCCUCUAUCUCUAUUUUUAUCUUUAAAUAUGUCCUCACUUUUGAAGGAUUUUAAAAAGGUGAACUUUAUCCCAAUGACUAUCUGAAUUCAAGUUCCAUCUGUGACUUCCUUUGGACAACUGAUGAUAUUUAUCAUUGUGCCAAGUUUCUACAAAUAAAAGAUGGGUGGAUUAUUUUCUAGAUGGAGGACAAAACCUUCAACUGUAGAAGUUCUAGAAAGUAUAGAUAAGGAAAUUCAAGCAUUGGAAGAAUUUAGGGAAAAAAAUCAGAGAUUACAGAAAUUAUGGGUUGGAAGAUUAAUUCUCUAUUCUUCAAUUCUUUAUCUGUUUACAUGCUUAAUUGUAUAUUUGUGGUAUCUUCCUGAUGAAUUUACAGCAAGACUUGCCAUGACACUCCCAUUUUUUGCUUUUCCAUUGAUCAUCUGGAGCAUAAGAACAGUGCUUAUUUUCUUCUUUUCCAAGAGAACAGAAAGAAAUAAUGAAGCACUGGAUGAUUUAAAAUCCCAGAAGAAAAAAAUACUUGAAGAAGUCAUGGAAAAAGAAACUUACAAGACAGCUAAAUUAAUUCUCGAAAGGUUUGAUCCAGACUCAAAGAAAGCAAAGGAGUUUGAGCCGCCAUCUGCUGGAGCAGCUGUAACUGCAAGACCUGGACAAGAGAUUCGUCAGCGAACUGCAGUACAAAGAAACCUUUCUCCAACACCAGCAACCUCUAAUCAGGGCCCUCCUCCACAAAUUCCGGUAUCUCCUGGACCACCAAAGGACACUUCAGCCCCUGGUGGACCACCAGAAAGAACUGCUACUCCAGCCCUAUCAUCAAAUGUGUUACUGAGACGUCUUGGAUCCCCUGCUACUUCAGUGCCUGGAAUGGGCCUUCAUCCUCCAGGUCCACCUUUGGCAAGACCCAUUCUUCCCCGAGAACGAGGUGCUCUGGAUAGGAUUGUUGAAUAUUUAGUUGGUGAUGGUCCACAGAACAGGUAUGCUCUUAUAUGUCAGCAGUGUUUUUCUCAUAAUGGCAUGGCUUUGAAGGAAGAAUUUGAAUACAUUGCUUUUCGAUGUGCCUACUGUUUUUUCCUGAAUCCUGCAAGAAAAACCAGACCCCAGGCUCCAAGGCUUCCAGAGUUUAGUUUUGAGAAGAGGCAGGGAGUAGAAGGUUCAAGUUCAGUUGGUCCCUUACCAUCAGGAAGUAUGCUUUCAUCAGAGAACCAGCUCAGUGAAGAACCUUUAGAAGAACAAGAUGUUCUAGAUAAUAAUACAGAGCAAACAGAUGACAAAAUAUCAGCUAUAGAGCAGACGGACCAAGUGAUUGAAAAUGCAUCUGGCUUAGAGGAACCAGAGGAGAAAGAAGAGACUGAGAAUGAAGAAACCUCAAUAAAUGAAGCCAAAUCAACAGUUCCCAGAGCUGAUUCUAUUUCUGAUCUUGAACUAAGUGGAGAAUCUUCGAUGACAAAGUAGUAAAUGCUUCCACGUGCCUUCAACUGGAUGUUUGUAGUCUUAUUGAUGUCAGUUAUUGCUUUUUUGUGGUACUUCUUAAAAAUUGUUUUGCCCUUUUAAGUAUAUGCUUGAUAUCAUUUGAAUUCAGAUUGCCUAGCAAUUUCAGUGUGUAAGAGUUAUAUCUACUGGGUAUUAAGAGCAACUGGUAUCAGUUAAUUAAGAACCUUUUGAAUACAUAAAGAUCCACACUCUUUAGACAGCUUUUAGAUAUUUUUUUUUGUCUAUUUUAAAAGUAAAAAAAAAAAUAGCAUUCUUGUUUUCUAUAUGCGUAACCUAUAAAUAAUAUUUUGACAUAGGAAGAACUUUGAUUAGGAAUAAGUUCUCUAAUAGUGUUUGUUUUAAGGAAUGAAACACAAGAUUUUGAGUACUUUCUCAUUAAAAACGGAAAUAAUUUAAAUUUUGAGAUAUUUGCCAGUGGGGAGGAAAUGUCUAUUUGGGUGUUUACAUUAAGUGAUACGAAAGUUACAACUGUAACUACAUAGGCAUUGGUACGAAUUCUCAAGAAUGCAAUUGAACAGUCAAGUACAGUGUUUCUUUUGAUGUCUUUUAUUUUGCAGCUGGGCCAAAGGCACAUGAUGUAUAUAAUUAGUUUAUGUUUACAUAUUAACAUAUAGGAAAUACAUCUGCACUUGACUGUACUUGAAUUCUUAGUAUUAUUUAUACUUGUAAAAUAAUGAUGAUAUAUAAGUGAAUUUUGUGCUCUUGUGUGUAUUUUGUUAAGGAAAAUAAAGAUGAUCUGGCAGCAGUUUCUUUUUGUUAAAUAUCUGGACUUCAAAUAGUAUUUUGGUGGAUGACUUUGCUAUCUGAAAAAUCCUAGAUGGAAGAGUUCACAGUAUGAUGUAUAUAUUCUGCUUAGAACAAAUUAUUAAGCAUUUCUUCAGACUUGUUGCCUUUCAGGUUCAGAGAAAUAAUGACAUUUAUAGUUUCUAAUCAGAGGUUAGGUUUUUCUGAUUCAGGAACACAUUAGGCCAUUCGUAGGUUUUAACUUUGAGAGACAAGAAUGUUUUUCGUGAAUAGCAAUUAACUAAUUGCUGAUAAUUCAUUCAAUUAAAUAUGUGCACUAAGCAUCAAGUGGGAAAAAACUUUGACCCAGAAUGAAAAUACUUGGGCCUUAAAUACAGUGUAAAUACAGUGUUACAGCUUCCAUUUAACCUUUCUUCUCCAGUAUACAAAAAAAAUUGAAAUCAAAUUAUUAUGCCAAAGGGCGGAAUAUAAGAAUAUGUGUGUAUGGCUGAUGUUUUGGUUGUACAUGGUAUUAAAAUUGAAUAAAACUUUUUGUAUUAUUUAAAAUUUAUUUUUAUGAUUUAAUAUCUCAUAUCUGACAGGUAUUUCUAAUGAACCAAAUCUGUUAAUGGUCUGAGGCAUUUUAGUAUAGUGGACACAGUUUUCAUACACAUGGAACUGGACUUAAAUUCCAGCUCUGUAAUCUUGGGCAAGUCCCCUAAACUCUGUGCAACUGUUUUCUCACCUUUAAAAUGGGAAGGAUAAUGUCUAUUUUUCAGAGAUAUUGGGUUGAUAAAAAUAAUUUAUAUAAUAUGGUUAGCUCACUGUCUGAUAACUCAUAGGUAUUUCUUCCUCUGUGAUACUGGGAAUUGAAAGAACCCAGGUACUCUACUAUAUUCCCCCCC